AUGGCUGGCAGACCUAUAGGAGGUCCCUCAGGGCCUCCUCAGAAUGACCUCCUACUCGACUUGGAGAACGACCAGCCCGUGUACAGCGGAGGGCAGCGGUCAACCCUCAACGAUGAUGAUUUGAUGCGCACAUACACCCUCGACCACGAUCCGAGCCGUGACCCCGGCCGACCCUCAGUUUCCUACGAUGACUUCGUCGGCGGCGCCGGCCAGUCAAGGCAACCAGGCCCAAGGUCGCUUCCCGCCAGUCCCUCACAAUCCUCCCAUACCCUGCAAGGCCCUUAUCUGGCUUCCAAUCGGCAAUACAGCCAAACCUCCGACCUGAACAACUAUCAAAGAUAUGCCGACGAUUUCGACGACUACCCGACCGAUGGCGACUCAUACUAUCAACACGGUGGAACUCCUUUGCGAGCCGGUGGUGCCGAUGACGCCGCGAGGAAGAGCGCAAGGAAUCGAAAUAGUGUGCUGAGCCUGGGCGGCGGCCUCCUGGGCAGGGUCAAGAAUAGACUGGGAAUGGGUCAAGGCUACUCCGAGAUGGAUCUCCCUUUGACGGAACCCACCAGUGGCACCGCCGCCAGCGGUCAUGGCCGCACGAGGGCCGAUUCCGCCGGUGUCGACUCCCAGUCAAAGUCGCGUAGCAAGUUCGACUUGGGCAACUUCAAAUUCGGCUUUGGCCGUAACAAACCCGACCCGUCCACCCUGGGCCCCCGAAUCAUAUACCUCAACAACCCUCCCGCCAACGCCGCCAAUAACCAUGUCGACAACCACGUAUCGACUGCCAAAUACAACUUUGCCACUUUCCUCCCCAAGUUCCUUUUCGAACAGUUCUCCAAAAUCGCCAACGUCUUCUUCUUGUUCACCGCUGCCCUGCAACAGAUUCCGGGCCUUUCCCCGACAAAUCGAUAUACGACCAUCAUCCCCCUCGUCGUCGUGCUUAUGGCCUCGGCCGCCAAGGAACUCGUCGAGGAUCAUCGCAGGAAGCAGGCCGACAACGCCCUCAACACCUCGCGCGCUCGUGUCCUGCGUGGCUCGACCUUCGAGGAAACCAAAUGGAUCAACGUGGCCGUCGGCGACAUCGUCCGCGUCGAGUCCGAGGAGCCCCUACCCGCCGACCUGGUCCUUCUGGCCAGUUCCGAGCCCGAGGGUCUCUGCUACGUCGAGACGGCCAAUCUCGAUGGCGAGACCAACCUCAAGAUCAAGCAGGCGAUCCCGGAGACCAGCGCCCUGGUCAGCUCUAGCGAGCUGAGCAGGCUCGGCGGCAGGAUCAAGUCGGAACAGCCCAACAGCAGCCUCUACACCUACGAAGCCACCCUCACCAUGCAGACGGGUGGUGGCGAGAAGGAGCUCCCCCUGAACCCCGAACAACUUUUGCUCCGUGGUGCCACCCUGCGUAACACGCCCUGGGUCCACGGCAUCGUCGUCUUUACCGGCCACGAGACCAAGCUCAUGCGCAACGCCACGGCCGCUCCCAUCAAGCGGACGAAGGUCGAGAAGAAGCUCAACACCCUUGUCUUGCUCCUCGUCGCCGUCCUCAUGGUUCUGAGCAUCAUCUGUGCCGUGGGCGACCUCAUCAUUCGACGCGUGCAGGGCGACGCUCUGUCUUACCUCAUGCUCAACCCGACCGACAACGCCCGCCGCGUGGCGGAGACCUUCGGCAAAGAUUUGGUCACGUAUUGGGUCCUGUUCUCCUCGCUGGUGCCCAUCUCCUUGUUCGUUACCGUCGAACUGGUCAAGUAUUGGCACGGCAUUCUCAUCAACGACGAUCUGGACAUGUACUACGACAAGAACGACACGCCGGCCAACUGCCGGACCUCGAGUCUCGUCGAGGAGCUGGGCAUGGUUGAAUUCGUCUUCUCCGACAAGACGGGCACGCUGACUUGCAACAUCAUGGAGUUCAAGCAAGCCUCUAUUGCCGGUAUCCAGUACGGCGAUGAUGUCCCCGAAGACCAGAGAGCCACCGUGCAAGACGGCGUCGAGGUCGGCACCCAUGACUUUCACAGGCUCAACGAGAACCGCAAGAGCCACGAGUCGGCGCCCGCCAUCGAUCACUUCCUGUCUCUUCUGGCCACCUGCCACACCGUCAUCCCCGAGCGAAGCGAGGAGAAAGGGGGCCAGAUCAAGUAUCAGGCUGCCUCCCCCGACGAGGGCGCCCUUGUGGAAGGGGCCGCCCAUCUCGGGUACAAGUUCACCGACCGGAAGCCCAGGGCCGUCUUCAUCGAAGUGGACGGCCAAGAGCUCGCAUACGAGCUCCUAGCCGUGUGCGAGUUCAACUCGACCCGCAAGCGCAUGUCCACCAUUUAUCGAUGCCCCGACGGAAAGAUUCGCGUCUACUGCAAAGGCGCCGACACCGUCAUUCUCGAGCGCCUGAACGAUAACAACCCUCACGUGGAGUCGACACUGCGGCACUUGGAAGAGUAUGCCUCCGAGGGGCUGCGGACCCUCUGCCUGGCCAUGCGCGAGGUCUCGGAGCAAGAGUUUCAGGAGUGGUAUCAGAUCUUCGACGCCGCAUCCACAACCCUGGGCGGCGGCCGGGCGGACGAACUCGAAAAGGCGGCCGAGCUCAUCGAGCACGAUUUCUUCCUCCUCGGCGCCACCGCCAUCGAGGAUCGUCUGCAGGACGGCGUCCCCGAGACGAUCCAUACGCUCCAGCAGGCCAACAUCAAGGUCUGGGUCUUGACGGGCGACCGCCAGGAGACGGCCAUCAACAUCGGCAUGAGCUGCAAGCUGCUGAGCGAGGACAUGAUGCUGCUCAUCGUCAACGAGGAAACGGCCGCCGCGACGCGCGACAACAUCGAGAAGAAGCUCGACGCCAUCCGCACGCAGGGGGGCGGGACCAUCGAGAUGGACUCGCUGGCUCUCGUCAUCGACGGCAAGUCCCUCACGUACGCCUUGGAGAAGGACCUCGAGAAGCUCUUCCUCGACCUUGCCAUCAUGUGCAAGGCCGUCAUUUGCUGCCGCGUCUCGCCGCUGCAGAAGGCGCUCGUCGUCAAGCUGGUCAAGAAGUACAAGGAGGACUCGAUUCUCCUCGCCAUUGGCGACGGUGCCAACGACGUCUCGAUGAUCCAGGCCGCGCACAUUGGCGUCGGCAUCAGCGGAAUGGAGGGCUUGCAGGCUGCCCGGAGCGCCGAUGUUUCCAUUGCGCAGUUCCGGUAUCUGAGGAAGCUGUUGCUUGUCCACGGCGCGUGGAGCUACCAGAGAGUGGCCAAGACUAUCCUCUAUUCUUUCUACAAGAACAUCACCUUGUACAUGACGCAGUUUUGGUAUACUUUCCGAAACGUCUUCUCCGGCACUAUUAUCUACGAGUCAUGGAUUUUGACCUUCUUCAACGUCUUCUUCACCGUGCUACCUCCUUUCGCUCUCGGCAUCCUGGACCAGUUCAUCUCGGCGCGUCUCCUUGACCGGUACCCUCAGCUAUACACCAUGGGCCAACAAAACCAGUUCUUCCGGAUGAAGGUCUUCUGCGAGUGGCUCGCCAAUGCCGUAUACCACUCCCUCGUCCUCUACGUCUUCGGCGAGCUCAUCGGGCACGGCGACCUGAUCGAAGGCGACGGCAAGGUGGCGGGCCACUGGAUCUGGGGCACGGCCCUAUAUGCUCCCGUACUCCUCACCGUCCUAGGCAAAGCCGGCCUCGUCACCAGCAACUGGACGAAGUACCACAUCAUGGCCAUACCUGGCUCCAUGGCCAUCUGGUGGGUCUUUGUCGCGGGGUAUGGCAUCGUGGCGCCCAUGACGGACCUCGUAUCGCCUGAAUUCCACGGUGUCAUCCCCAGGCUGUACACGAGCCCCGUCUUCUGGCUGCAGACGUUCUCCCUGGCCAUAUUGUGUCUCCUCCGCGACGUUGUCUGGAAGUACGUCAAGCGCAUGCAUUGGCCUGAGCCGUACCAUCACAUCCAGGAGAUUCAAAAGUACAAUAUCCAAGAUUACAGGCCUCGUAUGGAACAAUUCCAGAAGGCUAUCCGCAAGGUGCGCCAAGUUCAGCGCAUGCGGAAACAGAGGGGUUACGCUUUUUCGCAGGCCGACGAGAGUCAGACGCGGUUGUUGCAGGCCUACGACACUACCCAACACCGCGGUAAAUACGGCGAGAUGGUGAGCUCGCGUCCCCAGCGCCAGGGCCCCAGUGGGAACUUGGGGUUCUAG